AUGCCUAGAAAAGAAACAACUUUAUCAUUAAUCCCCAAAAUUAAUAUUUUAAAUAAACUACCUCCUGAUAUUAUACAAUUAACUUUAUACUCAACAACAUUGAUUUCUAGUCUCAUUUUUAUUCAAAUAAAUCAUCCAUUAGCAAUAGGAUUAAUAUUAUUAAUUCAAACAUUACAAGUUUGUCUUUUAACUGGACUAAUAGCUAAAAGAUUCUGAUUCUCAUAUGUAUUAUUUUUAAUUUUUCUAGGAGGAGUAUUAGUAUUAUUCAUCUACGUUACAUCCCUAGCAUCAAAUGAAAUAUUCUCACUCUCAAUGAAAACAGCCUUUUCUUUUAUAUUAAUUUUCAUUUUAUUAAUAAAUAUCAGAUGAUUUAUAGAUAAAUCAUAUAUUUCAUCUUUCAUUCAAAAUAACGAAAUACAAACUAUAAUUAAUUUAAAUACAUUUACAGAAGAAAAUUCUCUAAAUCUUCAUAAAUUAUAUAAUUACCCAACAAAUUUAAUUACUGUUUUAUUAAUAAAUUAUUUAUUAAUUACAUUAAUUGCAGUAGUAAAAAUUACUAAAUUAUUCUACGGACCCCUUCGAUUAAUAAAUUAAACUAAUGAACAAACCUUUACGAACCCAACAUCCAUUAUUCAAAAUUGCAAAUAAUGCUCUAGUAGAUCUUCCAGCCCCAAUUAAUAUUUCAGCCUGAUGAAACUUCGGAUCACUAUUAGGAUUAUGUUUAAUUAUUCAAAUUCUAACAGGACUUUUCUUAGCUAUACAUUACACAGCAGAUAUUAAUUUAGCUUUCAAUAGUGUUAAUCAUAUUUGUCGAGAUGUAAAUUAUGGUUGAUUACUACGAACUUUACAUGCUAACGGUGCAUCAUUUUUCUUCAUUUGCAUUUAUCUACAUAUUGGUCGAGGAAUUUAUUACGGUUCAUAUUUAUUUACACCUACAUGACUAGUAGGUGUUCUAAUUCUAUUUUUAGUUAUAGCAACAGCCUUCAUAGGUUACGUUUUACCAUGAGGACAAAUAUCAUUCUGAGGAGCCACAGUUAUUACAAAUCUAUUAUCUGCAAUUCCUUACUUAGGAAUUGAUUUAGUUCAAUGAGUUUGAGGAGGAUUUGCAGUAGAUAAUGCCACUCUUACACGAUUCUUUACAUUUCAUUUUAUUUUACCAUUUAUUGUACUAGCAAUAACAUUAAUUCAUUUAUUAUUUUUACAUCAAACAGGAUCUAAUAACCCAAUUGGAUUAAAUUCCAAUAUUGAUAAAAUUCCAUUCCAUCCAUAUUUUACAUACAAGGACAUUGUAGGAUUUAUUAUUAUAAUUAUAGUACUUCUAUUAUUAACUUUAAUUAACCCUUACCUAUUAGGAGAUCCUGAUAAUUUCAUCCCUGCUAAUCCUCUAGUAACACCAGUACACAUUCAACCUGAAUGAUACUUUCUAUUUGCAUAUGCAAUUUUACGUUCUAUUCCUAAUAAAUUAGGAGGAGUUAUUGCAUUAGUCUUAUCAAUUGCAAUCCUAGCAAUUUUACCAUUUUAUCAUUUAAGAAACUUCCGAGGGAUCCAAUUUUACCCUGUAAAUAAAAUUCUAUUUUGAAUUAUAGUAGUUACUGUAAUUCUAUUAACAUGAAUCGGAGCACGACCUGUAGAAGAUCCUUAUGUACUAGUUGGACAAAUUUUAACAGUAGUUUACUUCUUAUAUUACAUUAUUAAUCCACUAAUUAAUAAAUGAUGAGAUAACUUAAUUAAUUAGUUAAUGAGCUUGAACAAGCAUAUGUUUUGAAAACAUAAUAUAGGAACAAAAAUUUCCUAUUAACUUUACUAAAAUCAAUUAACAAUAUAUAAUAUAUUAAAAAUAAUUUAACUCCAAUAAAAAAUAAUAGAUAAUUUAAAGAAAAAGGUAAAAAACACUUUCAAGCUAAAUAUAUUAAUUUAUCAUAACGAAACCGAGGUAAAGUUCCACGAACUCAAAUGAAAACAAAUGAAAUAAAAACCAAUUUCAAAUAAAAUAGCAAGUUAAAUAAAUCACAGCCAAAAAAAAUCACACAAAAUAAUAUACUUAUAAAUAAAAUUCUAGCAUAUUCAGCUAUAAAAAUCAAAGCAAACCCACCACUUCUAUAUUCAACAUUAAACCCUGAAACUAAUUCAGAUUCACCUUCAGCAAAAUCAAAAGGAGUUCGAUUAGUUUCAGCUAAACAGAUACAAAAUCAAACAAGUCUAACUGGAAAUAUAAUAACAACAAAUCAAAUAUAACUUUGAUAAUAAAAAAAGUCUAAAAUAUUAUAACUUCCAAUUAAAAAAACAAAAGAUAAUAAAACUAAAGCCAUUCUAACUUCAUAAGAAAUAGUUUGAGCAACAGCUCGCAAUCCCCCUAAUAAAGCAUAAUUAGAAUUAGAUGAUCAACCAGCUACUAUAACAGCGUAAACCCCUAAUCUAGUACAACACAAAAAAAAUAAAAUCCCUAAAUUAAAAGAAAACAACUUUACAAAUAAAGGAAUACAUAAUCAUACAAUUAAAGAAAUAAAUAAAGAAAAAAUAGGAGAAAAAUAAUAAGAAAUAUAAUUUGAUAAAAGAGGAUAAGUUUGUUCCUUAGUAAAUAACUUAAUUGCAUCACAAAAAGGUUGAGGAAUCCCUAUUAAACCAACCUUAUUAGGACCCUUACGAAUCUGAAUAUAACCUAAUACUUUACGUUCCAAAAGAGUUAAAAAAGCUACUCUCACUAAAACACAAAUUACCAAAAUUAAUCUACCAACAAAAGAUAAAAUUAUUUCCAUAAAAAUCAAGUACUAUUUGUAGUAUAAUCUACAUAAAUAAAUUCUAAAUUUAUUGCACUAAUCUGCCAAAAUAGUUUACUUAUAUUAAUAAUAUUCUAUUAUUCAAAAUAUAAUUAUUUUAAUAUUUGGUCCUUUCGUACUAAAAUAUUACAAUUUAUUAAAGAUAGAAACCAACCUGGCUUACGCCGGUCUGAACUCAGAUCAUGUAAGGAUUUAAAA